AUUCUUCGCUCGCAAAUCGCAAACGACCGACGUCUUGGUAGAUAUCGGGGAUGAUGACUUGAACUUCUGCUAACUGAAGCCGUGGUAGGCAACGAUUAUUAUUAUCUAUAGAUUAAAGAGACUAGUUUACGAAUUUUUUCUCCUAUUGACACUUAUUAUUUCUUAACCCGUGUUGUGAUUUUGUGUUUUGUGCUAUUUUUGAUUAUUAUUUAUUCGACGCAAAUUUUUCGAUCUGUGAGAUUUUUUGUGGUGAAACAUGAAUCGACAACAGCAACAAACGUCUUCACAGACUCAGCAGAGUCAAUCUCAGCAAUCGUCUACUCAGAGGGUGAUCCGCACAGAACAGCACGUCACUCGACAAGUCACUGGUCAAUCGACAGGAGGUCAAAUAAGCCAGCAAGGUUUUCAGCAAAUCUCUGGUUUUGGACCGAAUGCGCAACCGCCGGUGUUCGAGAAAGUGUUUAGUAAUGCGAGAUUCGCACAAGGAGGGGUAGCUACAUUUGAAGGCCGGGUAACCGGUAAACCACAACCGCAAGUCACAUGGACUAGAAAGGGGGCACCCCUAUUAAAUUCACAAAAGCAUCAGCUAUCAUAUAACGAAUCGACUGGAGAUAUCAGGCUCCAGAUUAGCCAAAUAGGACCCGGAGAUGAGGGUGAAUAUGUAUGCACGGCCAAAAAUCAAUAUGGAGCAGCUAUUUGUUCUGUGUUCAUUCAGCCGGAAGGAAUGCCCAUGCCACAAAUGCAAAGAGGGUUCCAACAAAAUAUUCAAGAAAGCUCUACAACUACAUAUUCUAACGGAACCAUCACCGAAGAAUUUAGAAUAGAAACAUUCGAAUAUAGACUUUUAAGGGAAACUUCCUUUAGGGAAUCAAUUACUAGAAGAACUGCUUAUGAAAAAGAUUCUCAAAUUUCGACCACUAUUGAGAGAUCCUUGGGUCCUGCAGCUCCACCACAGAUUUCACAAAAACCUCGCAAUUCCAAAUUGCUUGAAGGUUCUGAUGCCGUAUUUACUGCUAAAGUAUCCGCUAACCCCAGACCUAGAUUAUCUUGGUUUAAAAAUGGAGCAAGAAUUACCGACUCCCAGAAAUAUGAAGCCACUUUCUCCAACAACCAGGCAUCUUUGCGUGUCAAGCAAGUUGGUUCAGAUGACUCUGCUCACUAUACCCUUCUUGCUGAGAACCCACAAGGAUGCGUUGUAUCUUCUGCUGUUCUAGCAGUGGAACCUGUCAGCACUACUGAAGGAUUAAUUCACGAAUCCACCUUCAAAUCUCAACAACAAAUGGAAGUAGAAUCCACGGAAACCGGAAAAACCUUGGCUCCCAACUUCGUACGAGUUUGCGGAGACAGAGAUGUCACCGAAGGCAAAAUGACUCGUUUUGAUUGUCGAGUCACUGGUCGCCCGUACCCCGAAGUUUCCUGGUUUAUAAACGGUCGUCAAGUUGUUGAUGACCACAAUCAUAAAAUUCUAGUCAAUGAAUCCGGUAAUCAUGCCCUCAUGAUAACCAAUGUAAGCCGAAACGACUCUGGUGUAGUAACAUGCGUCGCAAGAAAUAAAUCAGGAGAAACCUCCUUCCAAUGCAACUUGAACGUAAUCGAAAAGGAGCAAGUCGUUGCUCCCAAGUUCGUUGAAAGAUUCACUACUGUCAACAUUAAAGAAGGAGAACCUGUUUCAUUAAAUGCAAGAGCUGUUGGUACGCCAACCCCACGAAUCACUUGGCAGAAGGACGGUGUUCCGCUUGCCAGCGGCCCCGAUUGUCGCAUUAGCAUCGAUGGUGGAGCCUCAACCCUGGACAUACCGAGGGCCAAAGCAUCCGAUGCGGCAUGGUACCAGUGUACCGCUCAAAAUGUCGCCGGCUCCACUGCUACCCGAGGAAGACUUUUCGUCGAAACACCCCAAGGCCCAACACCCGAACCAAGACGCCUUCAUCUACCCAGACCAACGAAAGUCAUCGAACCUGAACCCGAACCUGGUCCAGAAGUUAUUUACCUUCGUCAUGUUGAACGUGCUAGACCACAUAUGCCUGCUUCCGAAGGAGAUAGGGUAUAUCCACCACCUCAAUUCAUCAUUCCAUUGCAGGAUGCUGUUCAGUUUGAGGGAGGUAAAGUUCACUUUGAAGCCAGAAUUGAACCGGUUGGUGAUCCAACCAUGCGUGUAGAAUGGUUUUUCAACGGAAGACUUAUGGCAGCCAGUUCUCGCGCUACAUCCAUUUUCCGCUUUGGAUUCAUCGCUUUAGAUCUAAUCAGUUUGAUAACAAACGAUACCGGUGAAUAUGUCUGCCGCGUUACAAGUGCCACCGGAUGUGUAGAAUCCAGGGCAAUGCUUACCGUCAAACCCCGUGCCUCCAUUGAGCAAACGAGCCAACACCCAGAAAGUUUGCAAUACAUCCAACAAUUGGAGGACUAUUCGAAAUACCAAAGAACUGAUAGUUUGGACGAAAAAACUAAUCAGAAACCCCAUUUCAUCCGUCCACUCCAGGAUCUUGGCGAGUUACAAGAAGGUAGAAAUGCUCAUUUUGAAGCACAACUUACCCCAGUAAGUGACCCGACAAUGAAAGUGGAGUGGUACAAAGAUGGCCGACCGAUUACCGCCAGUUCACGCAUCACUACCAUCUUCAACUUCGGUUACGUUUCUCUAAACAUCAUGCACCUACGGACCGAAGAUGCAGGAUCGUACACUGUGCGCGCUGUAAAUCAUUUAGGGGAGGCGAUAAGCACUGCCACUAUCAGAGUAUUUAUUCGUUCCACUGUAACCGGCGAUUUGGGUAUUCCAGAACAACAAAGGUAUAUUGAAAAAGUAGAAGAACUUGAAGCUUAUCAGCAUCAACAACACCAAAAAUACGUAUCAGAAACCCCAGAAAGCUAUCAAGCUCCAGAAUUCAAAACUCCCAUUAAAGAUCAACAUGGAGUUCGUGAAGGUGGUUUUGCUCAUUUUGAAGCCAGACUUGAACCAGUUGGCGAUUCGACUCUUAAAGUUGAAUGGCUUAAAGAUGGCAGACCAGUAGAAGCCAGUUCAAGAAUUACCAGUUUCUUUAACUUUGGUUAUGUAGCUUUAACCAUCAAAGACGUAACAAUUCACGAUGUUGGUAACUACACAUGCCGUGCAUGGAAUGCCAUAGGUCAAGCUAGUACAACUGCUCAACUAAGCGUUGUUAGCAAAAAGGAUAUUGUCUUUGACUCUCAACAUCCUGGUGGAUUAGAGAAAAUCCAACAUCUUGAAGAUUCAAGUCGUUACAAUCGCCAAUCCAAAGAAGAAGAAACUGUCAGGCAAAAACCCAGAUUUUUGGGACCACUUAAAGGCACCAACAAAAUUGUUGAAGGACAACGUGCCCACUUUGAAGCUCGUGUCGAACCACAAAGCGACAUGACACUUAAAAUUGAAUGGUAUUUCAAUGGAAAACCUAUUGCUACCGCUAACCGAAUUCAAACCUAUCACGAUUUUGGAUAUGUUGCUCUUGAUAUUCUUAGUGUUCGCGAAGAAGAUGCUGGUACUUACACUGUAGUUGCAAGAAAUGCUUUAGGCGAGGCCCAACUCUCAGCCAGCAUGAUUGUUGAAACUCGUGCCAGUAUUGAUACAAGAAGCAUGCAUCGUGGAGCUUUCGACAAAACCAAACAUUUAGAAGAUUCUAAAUUUAUUGAACCACAAUAUCAAAUUGAAGAAAUUUCAAAAUCCAAACCUAUCUUCGUGGUACCUCUCUCAGAUCCCCAACCAUUAUCUGAAGGAAGGAAUGUUCAUUUGGAAUGCCGUUUGGAACCCAUGGGAGACCCAACUAUGAGAGUAGAAUGGUUCUGUAAUGGAAAACCAGUAACUGUAGGGUCAAGAUUCAGAACCUACAAUGAUUUUGGAUUUGUAGCAUUAGACAUCAUUCAUGCUACUGCUAGUGAUUCAGGUGAAUACACUGUACGUGCAGUUAACCAUCUUGGAUCGGCGCACACAUCUGCUUGCGUAAGAGUAAUUGGCAAAUCUGACAUUAUUACCGAUACUCAACAUGAACAAUCUUUGGAACAAAUCCAACAACUUGAAGAUUCAUCCCGAUACCGUAAACAUAUUCAAGAGGAUGUAACUGUAUUACAAGCUCCACAAUUUACAAGACCACUUCACAACAUUGAAACAGUGGAAGGAACCAAUGUGCAUAUGGAAUGCCGUCUACAACCCGUCGGUGAUCCAACCAUGAAAGUUGACUGGUUUGUAAAUGGUAUGCCUGUUAAAACUGGACAUCGUUUUAGACCAGCAUAUGAUUUUGAUUACGUAGCUCUUGACCUACUUGGCGUAUACCCUGUAGAUUCUGGAGUAUACACUUGCCAAGCCAGAAACCAACUUGGCGAAGCUGUUACAUCUUGCUCAGUCAAAGUAAUUGCCAAAAAAGACUUGUUGUUUGAAUCGCAACAUCCAAGUGGUUUAGAGAAAAUUCAAUACCUUGAAGACGCUUCAAGAUAUAAGCGUACAGAGUUUGUUGAUGAACAAGUAACUGUUAAACCAAGAUUCGUAUCUAAACCAAAGAGCUUGGAUAACAUGAUUGAAGGUAAACAUGCUCACUUUGAGUGCAAAAUAGAACCAGUAACCGAUCCAAAUCUUAAGGUCGAAUGGUACAAAAACGGACGUCCAAUUACCGUUGGUCAUAGAUUCAGACCAAUUCAUGACUUCGGCUAUGUCGCUCUUGAUAUUGUUGAUUUAAUUGCUGAAGAUUCUGCCACAUAUACUUGCCGCGCCACUAACCUUAUUGGUGUAGAUGAAACUCAAUGUACCUUAAGAUGCCGUCAAUCAGGCCAAAUUAUCACAAGCACUCAAAAUGAACAGGGCUUGCAACAAAUUCAGCAUCUUGAAGAUCGCUCUCGUUAUCACAGAGCUGAACAAGUAGAAGAAACCACUACACAAGCCCCAGUUUUUACUACAUCUUUAAAAAAUAUUGACAUUAAAGAAGGUCAAAGAGCUCACUUCGAAUGUAGAUUGAUUCCAGUAUCGGAUCCAACAAUGAAAGUUGAAUGGUUCCACAAUGGACAGCCAUUAAAAUCAGGAUCCAGAUUUACCGAAACCAAUAACUUUGGUUUUGUUGCUUUGGAUAUUCUUUACACUUAUCCUGAGGAUUCCGGUACCUAUACAUGCAGAGCUACUAAUGCUUUAGGGGAGGCAGUUACAUCAGCUGCCUGCUCGGUUCAAUCCAAAAAAUCUAUCUACUUGGAUUCGGUACAUGAAGGAGCCAUGGAACGCAUCACAGAACUUGAAGAUACCUCUCGUUAUCAACGCCAUGCUGUUCAAGAGGAGGUCGUAAAUCAAUCUCCAGUUUUUACUUUGCCAAUUAAAGAUUUAAGAGUAGCUGAAAAUCAAGCUGCUCACUUUGAAGCCAGACUUAUUCCUGUAGGUGAUUCCAGACUAAAAGUAGAAUGGUACAGAAAUGGAGUGGCAAUUCAAGCAUCCAAUCGUAUAACCACAAUGCACGAUUUUGGAUAUGUUGCUCUUAACAUGAAGUAUGUGAACCCGGAAGAUUCUGGUACCUAUACAUGCAGAGCUGUAAAUGAAUUGGGAGAAGCAGUUACCUCUGCUACCUUAGCAGUACAAUCGAAAGCUUCUCUUCAACUCGAAUCCCAACAUGAAGGAGCCUUACAUAAACUACGUCAGUUGGAAGACGCAACUAAAUAUCAACGCCGUGAAGAAACCGAAUACGAAGUAACUCAAGCUCCAAGAUUCUCGACUCAAUUAAAUGGACCUGCCGAGUUGGUCGAAGGUCAAAGUGCCCAUUAUGAAUGCCGUAUUGAACCAUACCCAGACCCCAAUUUAAAGGUAGACUGGUUCCACAAUGGAAAACCAUUAACAACAGGACACAGGUUCCGUACAGCCCAUGACUUCGGAUUUGCCAGUCUCGAUGUACUCUCCGUAUAUGCUGAAGAUUCUGGUGAAUACACCUGUAAAGCUACCAACAGGAUUGGUCAAGCCCAAUCGUCUGUCGUUACAAAUGUCAAAUCGAGAUCAUCGAUUAUACGUGACACACAACAUGAAGGGGCUUUACAAAAGAUUCAAUACUUGGAAGAUGAUUCCAGAUACAAGAAAGUAUCGUCUGAAGAUGCUAUUAUGUUAGAAAAACCCCAAUUUGGUAGAGGUCUAAAGACAAUUGAAGACCUUCCAGAAGGACAAAGUGCACAUCUCGAAGCCACUUUAACCCCAGUAAAUGAUCCAACAAUGAGAGUAGAAUGGUACUGUAAUGGUAGACCCAUUCAGACUGGUCAUAGAUUUAAAACUACUUAUGACUUUGGAUACGUCGCUCUUGACAUCUUGUAUGCUUACGCCGAAGACACUGGUACCUACAUGUGCAAAGCUAGAAACGCAGCUGGAGAAGCUGUUACAACCGCCAAUGUAUCUGUUAUUAAAGCAAAGAAUCUUUAUUUAGAGACCAUGGAUGAGCAACGCCUUAAGAAGAUUAAAGACUUAGAGAACUAUGAAAGACCCAAACGUGAAGAAAUAGAACAAGCUCCACAACGUCCAGUUUUCCUCACCCCACUUACAAGUUUGGAAAAUCUUAAGGAGGGUGAACAUGCUCACUUAGAAUGCAGAGUGGAACCUAUCAACGAUCCUAAUUUAAAAAUUGAUUGGUUUGUUAAUGGUGUCAAACUCCGUGCUGGCCAUAGGUUUAGAACAACUCAUGAUUUCGGCUAUGUAGCUUUAGAUGUUCUUUACGCAUAUGCUGAAGAUAGUGGUACUUACAUGUGUAAGGCAACUAACUUAGUAGGUGAAGCUGUCAACACCUGUACCAUUAGGGUCAGCGGAAGAAGUGGAAUUAUAGUUGACACCAACCACCCCGAGGGUCUUAAUAAAAUUAGAGAACUUGAAGCCCAAGGUCACCCAGCUAAACUUGAAGUUGAAGAACCAGUACCAUCACCACCAAGAUUUGUCACAGAACUUCGUGGCACUACUGAAAUUUAUGAAGGACAAACUGCUCACUUUGAAGCUCAAAUUGAGCCAAUUCAUGAUCCAAACCUUCGGAUUGAAUUUUAUCACAACGGCAAACCAUUGCCACAUGGUAACAGGUUCCAUAUUACAUUUGAUUUUGGAUAUGUUGCCCUUGAUAUUGGUCAUGCUGUACCAGAAGAUGCUGGCGAAUACUCUGUUAAAGCUAUUAAUAAUCUUGGUCAAUGUGUAUCAUCCAUCAAUCUAAAAGUUAUUGAAAGAAGCAAUAUUAUUGUAGAAUCUCAAAGACCAGAAGGAUUGGACAAGAUUAGACAACUUGAAGAACACCAACCCUACAAAAGACCCGAAAUCGAAGAUCCUGUUACUAGGCAACGUCCAGUUUUCACUCAACCACUUCAAAACAUUGACUCAAUUCUAGAAGCUCAAACAGCUCACUUCGAAUGUCGUCUUAUCCCGGUUGGAGAUCCAACCUUGAAGGUUGAGUGGUUCAGAAAUGAAAAACCAUUGGAAGAUAGCUCCCGUAUUACUAAAGUACAUGACUUUGGUUUUGUAUCUUUAGAUAUUCAACAUGUUAGAGAAGAAGAUGAAGGUGUCUACAUGUGCAGAGCAUCUAAUCCACUUGGAGAAGCUGUCACGACUGCAUCUAUGAAAAUUAGAACCAAAGCCAGCAUUCAAUUGGAUACACAACAUCCAGAGGCUCAAAGAAAGAUUGCUCAGCUAGAGCAACCAUUGGCUCCAAGACCAGAAGAGCAAGAUCGUCAAUUUGAAAAACCAAUAUUCACUCAGUUGCUUACUGGUCCAACUGAAUUAUGGGAAGGUCAACAUGCCCAUUUCGAAGCCAGAGUUGUCCCAGUCGGUGAUCCAAGCUUACGUUUUGAAUGGUACGUUAACGGAGUAGAAUUAAAAAUGGGAUCAAGAUUUAAAGUAACUCACGAUUUUGGUUUUGUUACCUUGGAUAUUAUGUCUACUGUAACAAACGAUUCCGGUGUUUACACUUGCAAAGCUAUUAACAAAUCAGGAGAAGCUGUUUCCUCUAUUUCAAUGAAAGUUAAAUCAAAAUCAAAUAUUGUUGGAGAACCAUUGCACCCUGAUGCAUGGCAGAAAAUCCAAUUGAAGGAAGCUGAAAUGAACAAAGUUCCAGAAAUGUUCAUUGAUACCACUCCUCAACAACCACCCGUAUUUACCACUCACCUUAAGAGUUUCGAUAAUCUUACUGAAGGUCAACAUGUUUACUUGGAAGCACAAGUAGAACCAAGGGCUGAUCCAAACCUUAGAAUCGAAUGGUUUAAGAAUGGAGUUUCAUUGACAACAGGAACUCGUCUACGUAGCACAUUCGACUUUGGCCUUGUCACCUUAUCAAUUAACGGUCUGAGGGAUGACGAUUCAGCAAUUUACACAUGCAAAGCCACCAAUAAGCUUGGGGAAGCCAUUUCCACUUGCUCACUUAAAAUUCAAGAUAGCCACUGGCUCCUGGGACAAACUCUUCACCCAGAUGCUAUUCCAAAAUUGGAAGCCUUGGAAAGACCACAAGAGGGACGUCCAGAAAAAGCUGAACCAACCUAUGAAGUACCAAUGUUCAUUAGCCAUCUUAACAAUGUGGAGUGCAUGGAAGGAGAGAGCGCUCACUUUGAAUGCAACGUGGAACCAUCUAAAGAUCCUACUAUGAGGAUUGAAUGGUUUAUAAAUGGAAAACCACUACCCACUGGUGCUAAAUACAAAUCUACCUAUGAUUUUGGAUAUGUUGCAUUGGAUAUUACACACACUUACGAAGAAGACUCUGGCAUAAUUACCUGCAAAGCUACCAAUAAAAAAGGAAGUGCUUCAACUUCUGGAACCCUUCGUUGCACUGCUAAGCAAAGCAUCUACCUUGAUACUCAACAUCCUCAAGGUAAAGCUGGACUGGAAGCUGUCCAAGAUGUAGAAGAAGCUUUUGCAGCCAAGAACAGACCAAAGGAGGUGGGUACUGAUAGAGAAUAUGCUAAACCUGUAUGGGUUAUUCCACUUAAUCCAGAGUUUAAGCUUAUUGAAGGACAACCUCUACAUUUAGAAGGAACUGUUGAGCCUAAAGAAGAUCCCAACCUUAAAAUCGAAUGGUUCUUUAAUGGAAAAUCGUUGGAUCAUGGAUCAAGAUUUAAAUUUACCAGUGACUUUGGCUUCGUUACUCUUGACCUUACUGACAUUUACGAAAGAGAUCAAGGUAUUUACACAUGUAAAGCUUCUAACAAACAUGGUGAAGCAUUUACGUCAACAACAAUUUACUGCACUAGCAAAUCUAACUUAAUUGAACGUACUCAACAUCCUAAGGGACAAGAGGGUCUCGAAAAGAUUCAAAAUCUUGAGGAUUCUCUUAACAGACCUGAAUUCCCGAUCGCCGAAUCUGAAGAAGGUCACGCGCCUGUAUUUACAUCAGAAUUUACCGCUUUAACUGACUUAACUGAAGGUGAAAUUGCUCACUUUGAAGCAGGACUUACACCUAUUGGAGACCAAACCAUGAGAGUCGAAUGGUUCUACAACGGUAAGACCAUCGAAGCCUCGCACAGAUUUAGAACCGUACAUGCAUUCGGUAUGGUUGUAUUAGAUGUUUUGGGUACCAAAAUUGAAGAUUCCGGUACAUAUACCUGCAAAGCUACUAACAAAUGGGGCAUGGCUGAACAAAGUGUCACUUUGGAAUGCGUUGAAAGACUCAAGGGACAACCUCCUAAAUUUACAACUCACAUUCAAAAUAUCGUUGGACUUAAAGAUGGACAAUCUGCUCACUUUGAAUGCACACUUAUACCGGUAAAUGAUCCAGAUCUUAAAGUAGAAUGGUAUCACAAUGGAAAACUCUUAUUGGACAAAAAUCGCAUUAAAUCUGUUUCCGAUUUUGGAUUUGUUGUCAUGGAUAUUUCUUAUAUUCAAGAUCACGAUUCUGGUGAAUACGUUUGCAGAGCUUGGAAUAAAUAUGGUGAAGACUUUACCAGAGCUACCAUCAAUGCGCAAGGUAAAGGUGGUGUAUUCUACGACAGUUUACAACCUGAAUCAUUGGCUAAAAUUAGAGAACUUGAGAGUAUGCAAGGUCAACAAGCUCAGGCCCCACAUACUCCAGUUACAGAGCCACCUAAAUUCAUUACCCAAAUUCAAGAUGUUACUAAACUUGUUGAAGGACAGAGCGCUCACUUUGAAGCGCGUCUUACUCCUGUAACUGAUCCAGAUCUCGUAGUAGAAUGGUACUAUAACGGCAAAAAAUUACCUCAUGGGCAUAGAUACCGUACUUUCCAUGAUUUUGGUAUAGUAAUUCUUGAUAUUUUAUAUUGUUAUGAAGAAAAUUCCGGCGUUUACGAAUGUAGGGCUUUCAACAAAUAUGGAGAAGAUUCCACUAAGGCAACAAUGAAAUGCGUUUCAAAGACUAAUUUGAUUCUGGACUCACAACUCCCACGUGGCAUGGAAGGUGGAUUAGAAAAAAUACAAAACUUGGAAGACUCUUUAGUCAGAACAAGAGAUGAAAGGGAAGUAGAAGUAAAAGGAAAAGCUCCUGUGUUUACCACACCUUUGUCAAACAUCGAUAGUUUGAGGGAAGGGGAAAGUGCUCACUUUGAAGGGCGUCUUACUCCAACUGACGAUCCUAAACUUAAAGUUGAAUGGUACUGGAAUGGUAAACCAUUAAAAACUGGUUCAAGAUUUAGAACUUUCCAUGAUUUCGGAUUUGUUAUUUUGGAAAUUUCGCCUGUAUACCCAGAAGACUCUGGAGAAUAUUCAUGCAGAGCAUUCAAUGAAUAUGGCGAAGCUGUAACCACAUCCACCAUGAAAGUACAAGGCAAAAGAAGCAUUAUUCUGGAAUCACAAUUACCAAAAGGCAUGGAAGGAACCAUCGAUAGAAUUGCUGAAUUGGAGGGUCUUGGCGCUAUUCCAUCUCCAGCCACACCCGAUGAUGAUAUUGGCAAACCUCCAGAAUUCAUCACACAACCAUCUGAUUUGGUACUUGGUGAAAAUUCCCUUGCACACUUUGAAUGCAGGUUACAACCUGUUAACGAUCAAAGUAUGAGAGUAGAAUGGUUCCACAACGGUAAACCUCUUUGGUCCGGCUCCAGAAUUAAGACCAUCAACGACUUUGGUUUCGUUAUACUUGAAGUUGCCGGAGUUUACCAGAGAGAUUCCGGUUUGUACACUUGCAAAGCCACCAACAGACACGGUGAAGCUAGCGUUUCUUGCAAGCUUCAAGUCAAAGGUAGACAAGGCAUUAUCCUUGAGCCUCAAUUACCAUCCAACUUCCGUUCCGGAACAGAAAGCAUCCAAAAAUUGGAAGAACAACUUUACAAGAGGGAAGAAAUCACUACUGAAGAGGAACAACCAAACCCACCUAGAUUCAUCGUGGAAAUUAAGGAUAACCUCGAUGUUGAAGAAGGUAGUCCAGUACACUUCGAUGCCCGUGUUGAGCCCACAAACGACUCCUCGAUGCGCAUUGAUUGGUUCCAUAAUGGACGUCCAUUCGCUACUGGUUCUAGAGUACACCAAGUCAACGAUUUUGGAUUUAUUUCCUUGGAUAUUGACUAUACCUACACCCGUGAUGCUGGUGAAUAUAUUUGCAGAGCUACUAAUAAAUGGGGAUCUGCCACUACUAAAGCUACUGUUACAUCAAAAUCUAAACGUAGCAUUGACUUUGAAACUCAAUUACCAUCUGGUAUGAGUGCCGAAAGAUUAAAGGAAUUAGAACGUGGACCAGUUUCUCAAGCUCCAGAAGCAGACAAAGUAUUUACUCCACCUAAAUUUAUUACGCAAAUUGAUUCAUGCACCGUUGAAGAAUCGGAAUCAGUUAGAUUCGAGUGUAAAGUGGAACCUAAAGAUGAUCCAAAAUUGCGCAUCGAAUGGUACAGAAAUGGUAAAUUAUUACCUUCAGGCCAUCGUUACAAAACCGUACACGAUAUGGGCUUUGUAUCACUAACAAUUUUGUACGUAUACUCUGAAGAUUCUGGUGAAUAUGUGUGCAGAGCUGUAAAUGAUCAUGGCGAAGACUUUACUAAAGCAAGUGUAUCGUGCAAGAAAUUACCAAGCAUUAUCCUACAAAACCAAGUACCAAAAGGAAUGAAGAGAUCUGAAACCCUUAUGCAGAUGGAGGCUGCUAUUAAAAAAUACACAUCCGAAAUUUACCUCACAGAAGAUGAUCUUUAUGAUAUCGAGAAGAAACAACCACCAAGAUUUGUCACACAAAUUAAAGAUCAAACCGAACUUGUUGAAAUGCAAGUUACCAAAUUUGAGUGUCAAUUAGCUCCAGUUGGAGAUCCAAACAUGAAAGUUGAAUGGUUCUUGAAUGGAAAACCAUUGCCACAUAAAAACAGAUUUACACCUAUCUAUGACUUUGGUUAUGUCGCUAUGAACUUUGGUUGGGUUUACCCUGAAGACAGCGGUGAAUAUUUAUGCCGUGCUACAAACUUGUAUGGCAUGGAUGAAACAAGAGCUAUAAUUAAGACCGCUGGUAAACCAGGAAUCAUUUAUGAUUCUCAAUUGCCCAAGGGUAUGAAGAGUAUUGAAAGAAUUCGCGAAUUAGAAGCUGCCUGGCAAACGGUACCUGAAGAAGCUGCAGAAGAAUCCAAACCUAGAUCUGCACCAGCCUUUGUUAGCAGACCGGAACCAGUACAAGUAGAAGAGGGUGAAUGGGCCAGAUUUUGCUGUCGUGUUACUGGUCAUCCAAAACCACGUGUCAUGUGGCUUAUUAACGGUCACACUGUAGUCAGUGGUUCCAGAUAUAAGCUUACCUACGAUGGAAUGUACCACAUGGACAUACCCAAGACUCGCCAGUAUGAUACCGGCAAAAUUGAAGUAAUCGCGCGCAGUUCAGUUGGUGAAGCUAUUGCUGAAACCGAACUAAAAAUAAUACCUAGACACGAUGACUAUAGAGGAGUUCUUAAGAAUUCGCCAAGACCUUGGUAUGAUCUCGAAUUAUCACAGUAUCAAAAAGAGCGAAGUGAAACCGAACUCGAAAAAGUAUUUGACGAACGUAACACUGCUUUGCGGGAAGGUGGACUAACAGUACCUGGAGUACACGUCCAAUCUAAAGAAUUCUCAGUACCUGAGACAGAAUGGCAACAAUCUCUCAAAAGCAAGAAAGGACAAGAAUAUUAUAAUAAAAUUCAAGAAUUGGAAAACCAACAAGUUACCAAAGAAGUUAAACUUCGCGAAUCUAGUCAUCAAUUCGCUAUUCCCGGCGAAAAAAUUGUAAACAAUUCUAUGGCAAAGGGAAUGGCUCAAAAAUAUCAAGAAAAUUUGGAACAAGCCCCAGAAGAACAUCCACAUCACGUUCAGCUAAGAAAAACUGAAAAAGGGCGGGAGCUUCAGGUGCAACGCGACGUACAAAUAGAUUCAAAAAGGGGAGCUUAUCCACCAGAUCCAACUGAAUCUGGUGUUCAUGGCCGUGAAAUUCACGUGACCAAGCAAAAACAGACUCAAAAAGAACAACGCGGAGAUUUGGAAAUUACCAGAAAUAUAACUGAGACCGAAACUACAGAUGUAGAGCACAAGGCCAAGACUCAAGAACGUGUUGUCCAAGGACAAGUUCUUCCAUCUAAUCCACCAUUCUUCACCAAAAAGAUUAAGCCAUGCAGAGCAUUCGAGAACGAUUCUGCUAAAUUCGAAGUUGAAUUCGACGGAGAUCCGCUCCCAAAGAUCACGUGGUUCAGGGAAGAUUUCCCAAUUACCAGUUCACCUGAUUUAAAGAUUUAUACAUUUAGUACAAAAUCAAUUUUGCAAAUGCGACAAGUUUUCAUGGAAGAUUCUGGAGUGUUCAGCGUAAUUGCUGAAAACCGUGGAGGCACUGCCAAAUGUAGUGCCAACUUGGUUGUACAAGAGAGAAGACGUUUAGGACGCUCUGGAUUGAUCCCUCCCAGUUUCGUUACCACCAUCCAAAGCACCACUGCCAAUGCAGGCCAAUUGGUAAGGUUUGAUGCCAGAAUUAAUGGCACGAAACCGAUCGAUGUAAUGUGGCUAAAGAACGGAAAGAAGAUUACUUCCGAUAUUAGAUACAAGACUCUUGAAGAAGAUGAAAUUUUUACCCUUCUAAUUAUUGAAAUCGUACCUGAAGAUACUGGUAAAUACGAAUGCGUUGCAAUUAAUAGCGCUGGCGAGGCUCGCUGCGAAGCUGAGUGCCAAGUUGUACAACCGUCAACUCCAUCCAAACCGGCGAAACCAACCACUCCUGGAGCGGAAAAAGCUCCAAUUCUCGUUGAGCCACUUAAAGACCAAACGAUUAGAGAAGGUCAAGCUGUUGCAUUCAGGUGCAAAAUCGUUGGAAAACCCACUCCAACCAUUAAAUGGCAAAAAGGAGACAAGGUCAUUAAACCAUCCAAAUAUUUCCAAAUGAGUAAAGAUGGAGAUUAUUGCACUUUAAGGAUAUCCGAAGCAUUCCCUGAAGAUGAAGGUGUUUACAAAUGCUUAGCUGAAAAUCCUGCUGGUAAAAUCACAGCGCAAGGAAAACUUAAAGUGUUGGCUCCCGAAACUCAGGAAGUCGCUCCUUCAUUGACUCCCAUGAAAGACGUUAUUGUACCUGAAGGCAGCCCCGCCCAGUUCAAAACAACUAUUUCAGGAAAAACUAAACCCACCAUCCAAUGGUUAAGAGAAGGAUUCCUUAUUCCAGAAUCACCAGAUUUUCAGAUGAUAACAGAGGGCAACAAUGCCAUCUUGAUGAUUUCAACGACCUAUGAGGAAGAUUCUGGAACAUUUAGCUGCAGGGCAACUUCAUCGGCUGGUCAAGUAGAGCAAUCCGCAAAAUUGAUCGUUAAAAGUAAGAAAUAAACCCACUUCCAUAUUUAUUUUUGUGUACAAACUGCGACGGGGUGGUAAUUUGGUCGCCCCUUAAAAUUUUUAUUACAUUAUUUAUUUAUUUAUUUAUUCUAGUCUAAUAAUUGUAGUUUUAAUUUGCAUUGCACUAUUUUAUACAAAUUCUUAACAUUCAGUCACUUGAUAGAGUGGUUCUGAAAACUGCAGCCCUUAGAUUUAGUUUAUUGGUGGUGGAUUUAAAGUCUUAUUUGUUAAAGUUCCAAGUGAUAUUUUUAGGAGUGAAUACAGCUUUGGCACUAAUUUGCUAAAUGCUGGCUUUUGUUUAUUUAUUAUAUUUGUCAUAGAAAAAAAUGUAUUGAACAUGCAAUAAUUUAUUUAAUAAAAUGCUGUUAUUAUGAAUACCUG